AUGAUCAUAACACGAAACCAAGCAAUAUGCAUGCUUUUUUAUGUUGAUUAUUCUGAAGAAAAUGUUAAAAAAUGUGAAAAGAAAAUUGAAGACCUUGGUGAUUUUGAAAUCUGCUACAAUGCUGAUCCCAAACAACCAAUACUUGUUUCAAAACAGAGGAUUCGCGGUGAUCCUUUCACAUAUCGCACCUACUUGCCUUCCGAUGAUAUGCCAGACAAUAGUUUAAAAAGAAAAAGGAUAGAAUUCCUCGGUGUUACCUUUUUCAAGAUGGUGUUCGAAUGUUCGAUUAGCAUUCUUAAGAGCCGAGGAAGAAAGAAAAAGCAAUAUUCGACCGAGAUUUGCCAUGUUAUGGAAGAACAAUUCCAUGAAAAUGGUAGACAACUUGCAAACUCCCUGACAACCAGAGUGUAUGUCUCUUUUUCCAGUUGUGCGUCCACUCCUUUCAGGGAAAGAGAUACCACGGCCAGUAAAUCUGUACUCAAAUUAACCAACGUGAACGGAGAUACACAAGAUAUGCUUCACUAUUUACAAUCUGCAAAACAUAAUAUCUGUUUGGUAUCUAUCGAUUACGCAGGGCUUACGUCAAGAUCACAAGAGCUAAGAAGGUUGAUCGAAAACAAUGAAAAGAUAAAGAAAAUUGCAAUAGAUACUUUUGCUUUGGACAGUGAAAUCCAUAUAUUUGAUACAAAGCUUUUAGCAUCUGAUCCUAGCCUUCUUACCAAGUUUGAUUGCCGAAAGAAGAUCUUACAACGAUCAAAAUAA